AUGCUAAAGUUUCUCAGAACCAAUAGGUACUACCACCUAUUGUCCGGGACAAAGCUAUCCCAGAAGAUAAUUGAGCAAUGUCGCAAUGAGAUAGACACCAUUAGGAAGAACCAUAAGUUUUUGCCCACUUUGAAGAUUCUACAAGUCGGCAAUCGGUUGGACUCAUCUGCCUAUGUGAACAUGAAAUUGAAGAAAUCCGAACAAAGUGGCGUGAAGUGCAUUGUAGAAAAACUGCCGGAGUCAAUUACUGAGUUUGAGCUGUUGAGCAAGAUAGAAGCCAUAAACAACGAUACCUCCAUACAUGGACUGCUGAUCCAAUUGCCUUUACCAAAGCACUUGGAUGAGACCACAAUUACUAGCUCUGUCUCUGUUGACAAAGACGUUGACGGGUUCCACAUAUACAACGCUGGUGAACUCACUAAGAAAAACGGUCAUCCAAAGUUCAUUCCAUGCACCCCCAACGGGUGUAUAGAGCUUUUGAAGGAACAUAAUAUUACUAUUGCGGGGAAGAAUGCCGUUGUUAUCGGAAGGUCUAGCAUUGUUGGAACUCCAAUAACCUCUUUAUUGAAAAAUUUGGACGCUACUGUAACUCAAUGUCAUAGCAAGACCGUUAAUUUACCAGAAAUAGUCAAAACAGCAGAUAUUGUAAUCGCAGCUUGUGGACAAGCAAAUAUGAUCAAGGGUGAAUGGCUAAAAGAAGGGGCAGUUGUUAUUGAUGUCGGCAUCAACCAUGUACCGGAUAACACGAAGAAAUCUGGGCAUAGGUUGGUUGGUGACGUCGAUUUUGACUCCGCAUCAAAGAAAGCCUCAUACAUUACUCCGGUUCCAGGUGGUGUUGGCCAGAUGACUGUCGCUAUGCUAGUUUCGAAUGUUGUCCUGGCCGCCAAGCGUAGUUUGGCCAAUUUUGAAAAAGUGCCAGAAAUAAAACCAUUACCUCUAAAAUUAGAAAAACCUGUCCCAUCUGAUUUUGAAAUCUCGAAGUCUCAAGAACCAAAACAUAUUGAUAACUUAGCUAAGGAAUUAGGGAUAUUUCAAGAUGAACUAGAACUCCAUGGCCAUUACAAGGGUAAAAUAUCUACAUCAAUACUAGAUAGACUUGAGUCCAAGAAGAAUGGUAGAUAUGUUCUUGUUGCUGGUAUCACACCUACUCCUUUGGGUGAAGGUAAAUCAACAACAACAAUGGGUUUGGUACAGGCCUUGACCGGCCAUCUGGGCAAACCAUCCAUUGCUAAUGUGCGUCAGCCAUCAAUGGGACCCACAUUUGGUGUAAAAGGUGGAGCUGCUGGAGGCGGAUAUGCUCAAGUCAUACCAAUGGAUCAAUUUAAUCUGCACUUAACUGGUGAUAUCCAUGCAGUUGGUGUUGCAAACAAUCUUUUGGCUGCUGCAAUCGAUACUAGGAUGCUACACGAAUCUACAAUAAAGAAUGAUGCCAAAUUUUAUGACAAACUUGUUCCAAAAAAGAAUGGUAUCAGAUCUUUUUCUCCUGCUAUGACUAGAAGGUUAGAGAGACUUGGAAUCAACAAAACUAAUCCUGAUGAACUUACAGCAGAGGAGAUAAAUAAGUUCGUGAGACUAAAUAUUAACCCUGAUACUAUCAACAUAAAAAGAGUUGUUGAUGUGAACGAUAGAAUGCUACGUAAAAUUACAAUUGGUCAAGCUGCUACCGAAAAAGGACGGACUAGAGAAACUGGUUUUGACAUUACUGUUGCCUCGGAACUAAUGGCAAUCUUAGCUCUAAGCACUAGUUUACAAGACAUGAAGCGUAGAGUUUCCAAGUUGGUGGUUGCUAGCGACAUAAACGGCAAACCUGUUACUGUCGAUGAUAUUGGUUGCUCUGGUGCAAUAGUAGCUUUAAUGACCGAUACGAUCAAACCAAACCUCAUGCAGACACUUGAAGGCUCCCCAGUGCUUGUUCACGCAGGUCCAUUUGCCAAUAUCUCAAUUGGUGCAUCUUCUGUUAUGGCAGAUAAGAUUGCCUUAAAAUUGAUGGGUACAUGUUUAGACUCUCAAGAACCAGGUUACGUUGUUACCGAAGCAGGGUUUGAUUUUUCCAUGGGCGGAGAACGCUUCUUUAAUAUUAAAUGCCGGUCAUCAGGAUUAGUCCCGGACACUGUCGUUUUAGUUGCAACUGUUAGAGCUAUUAAGUCUCACGGAGGUGCUCCGGACGUCAAGCCAGGCCAAGCGCUUCCACAAGAGUAUAUAGAGGAGAACAUUGAAUUUGUAAAGAAAGGUGUCGCUAACUUAGUUAAACAAAUUGAGAAUGUUAAGAAAUUCGGAGUCCCAGUUGUUGUUGCAAUCAACAAAUUUUCCACUGACACUGAAAAUGAAACUAAAGCUAUAGAAGAAUCAUGUAAAGCCGCUGGUGCAAACAAUGUGGUUGUCUCUAAUCAUUGGGAAGAAGGUGGAAAAGGUGCUAUUGAUCUAGCCAAUGCUGUUGUUCAAUCUUGUGAGGAACCCAAAUCAUUCCAGUUCCUAUAUGACACAGAUUUGCCUAUAAAAGAGAAGCUAGAAACUAUCGUUAAAGAGAUGUAUGGUGGUGCUGGAAUCGAACUAUCUGAAAAAGCCCAAAAACAGAUUGCAUUAUACACAGAGCAAGGUUUUGAUAAAUUGCCAAUUUGCAUUGCUAAAACCCAAUAUUCAUUAUCACAUGAUCCAAAACUGAAGGGUGUUCCACAAGACUUCAUAGUCCCUAUUAGAGAUAUCAGGGCAUCUAUUGGUGCAGGCUAUCUAUAUGCGUUAGCAGCUGAAAUACAAACAAUCCCAGGCUUAUCCGUCCAUGCAGGAUACUUAAAUGUGGAGGUUGAUGACAAGGGUAACAUUAAUGGUCUAUUUUAG